CACUGCUAGGGCUGUGGAGAAGGGACACCAUCUCCAGGGGCCCCCUGAUCUUUCCCCCUGCGUGUCCUGUGUGAGAGCCACACAGUGCUGAGGACGGAGCCGAGGAGCAGCGCAGGGGAUGGCAGCUGAGGCAGAGAUCCUGGAGCUGCCCYUGGUCUGCGAUGAGCAGCUCACCCAGCGCAUGUGGCUGCGGUCCCAGAGCCUGCAGCAGAGCAGCGGGAGGCCCCAGGAUGGAGAGAGGCUCCUGCACCCCAAUGAGCACAUCUACCGAGUGGAUUUCAUCCGGCAGCACCAACUGCGCUUCCUCCGCUGGGAUGUGCGGCUGGAGAGGCCCGGGGAGGUCACGGUGACCGGCACCUCCCAGCACUGGACUCCUGACCUCACCCCCCUGAUGAAGCGGCAGCUGCUGGAGCCUGUGGGCAUCUUCUGGAAGAAGCCCGGGGCCAAGGAGGUGGAGUGCAACGAGGCGGAUGCCCAGGAAUUUGGGGAGCGGGURGCGGAAUUAGCCCAGAUCCGCAAGGUGAUGUAUUUCCUCCUCGCUUUCACYGGCGGCCUCGAACCAGCUCAGCUGAAAGGCUCCAUUGUUUUUAAAGCCUGAUCCCCUCUUGCUCAGCUUUUCUUGCUCCAGCUAUGCUUUUUUCAGCUCAGUUCUUKGUUCAGUUUUUACAUCUAUCUUUUUGUCUAUUUUUUUUAAUGAGAGACAGCACUGUGGUAAAGCAGAGAACAGCUCAGUGCUUUUGGAGCCCCUUAGCCCUGUGAAAUAUUUCCCAAACRUGCUGCCCUCUGCCUGACUGGGAGAAGGGGACCAUGAUCUUGCUGCUGCAUUUGCCUGGAGUAUAAGACUGUGUGCCUGUGAAUUCAUCAGGGGUUCAUGCAGGGUCUUGCUGGAUUGGAAAUAUGAGGCUGCCCUAAGUCCU